UUUAAAUUUUUUUUUAUUUCGGUUCUUAUAUUGGGGACUCGAUCAGGUGCUUUAUUGCUAUUUUCCAUUGAACAACCAAACGGCAAACUUUUAUGUUCACUUGGAAAUGCACACGGAACAGAUACAGUGACUGCAAUUGAAAUCUGUGAAAAUAACAAGGCUGAGUUUCGUACUAUUGGAAGGGAUGGAAAUGUGAAGAAAUGGAGAUUGGAUUUUAACGAGGAAGUUGAUAAAGGUAAAUCUUCACUAGAAUUAAUUUCCUUCUCCAAAUUAAAUUUUGAAUGGCCUUGUGAAUUUAUAAAAAAUUAUAGAGGACGUUCACUAAUUGCUGGAUUUCAAAACAAUUAUUUUGUUAUGUUUGAUGAAACUACAAAUUCUAUCGCCUGUCGUAAAUAUUUGGUGGGAGGGGGAAAACGUUUAUGGCAACUUUGGACUGGGACUUUUUUGGAGAAUGAUGAUGAACUUUGUUUGUUUUAUGCUCAAAAAGGUUCUUUCUAUUGCGAUAUUCUCAAACCUCUGUUUUUAAAUUUUGUAAAGGCAAUCCCUCUCUCAGAAAACAUUACUGCGCUUGACUUUCUCAUUAAAAACGAAAAGAAUUUUUUUAUUUUGAGUGGUUCUCUUGAUAGAAAAAUUGUUUGCUCCAAUUUUAAUGAAAAUCAAGAAUUUAAAAUUAAUUCUUCUGUCCAAAUGCAUCGUUCAAGUGUGGAAACAAUUUGUAUUUUACAAGAAAAUUCAAAUUUUUUGGUGUUAAGUGGUGGGGGACGUUCAGAAUUGUUUUGCUGGGAAUUGAUUUUUGAAGAGCAAAAUGCGCCUCAAUUUAAUUUACUUUUUUCUACCGAAUUGAAAAAUGAAAAUAAUAUUGAUGAUAUUCGUGUCCUUUCUGUUCGAUGGAUUUGUGGUAGAAGAAAAUUUGCAGUGGUUCUUUGUUCUGAUGCUACAAUAAGGUUUUUUAAAAGUUUAGGAGAGGUUGAGUUAAAAAUUUGCGGACAACCUUUUUUUGUCAAAUGUCCGCAAAAAACUUGCAGACAAUCUCAUCAUAAUUAA